AGCCAUCGGGCGCCUACGGCCGCGCCGGCUUCCACGCCCCGGGCCAGCGCGGGCGCUCAGGCCUCGGUGGCGUGGUGAUGGCCGCCUCACACCGAGCAGCGAAGGUGGCGGCCAGCAGUCUCCAAACCCCGGUCAAUCCCAGCACCGGAGCGCGGGUCACCCAUUACGAACGCAAAGACCCCGUAGAGUCCCUGUCGGCGGCGGCGGCGGCGGCCUUGGAGGAGGAGGAAGAGGAGAAGGAAGAGAAGGAGGAGGAGGAGGAGGAAGAGGCAGAGGGGUCGGCGCGGGCGCCGGCUGAUUUUAACACCAACAUUUCUGGGGUAAAUGAACAAAAACGUAUAAGCUGUGAGGAUUUUGUGGACUUUUCUGAUAUUUACCACUCUAAUGAAGAGUACUUCAGGAAACUAGAAGAGCUGAAGGCAGCCCACAUGGAAACUAUGGCAAAGUUAGAGAAAAUGUACCAGAAUAAAUUAAAUUUAAAGGAAGUUCAGCCAGCGAUCACCAUGGAAGAAGCUGCUAGUGUCUCUUCCACGUCUGUAUCAGAAAAGAGCUCCCAUCAUCCUGUUUCAUUUAUGACAUCAAUUUCAGAGCCUGAUUUAGGUCAGUCUUCCUCCUUGAUUGUGUCUUCCUCUGAAGAUGAGUUGCCCAACGUAGAAAAAGAGUAUUCUGAGAGAAGCAGAAUGAUGACCUUUGCUAAGGAGCUCAUCAACAACAUGUGGACAAACUUCUCUGUUGAAGAUUAUAUUCAGUUUGAAGAUGCUGACUUGCCAGCACUCGAAAAAAAAAAAAAGAGGCCAAAAGAAUGGGUGCCAAAGAUUACAGUACCUGAGCCUUUUCAAAUGAUGAUUAGAGAGCAGAAGAAAAAAGAAGAGAACAUGAAAUCUAAAUCAGAUAUUGAAAUGGCACGUAUACUGCUCAAGAAACAAGAAGAAGAAUCAGAGUGUAAGAAAAAAUUCCGAGCCAACCCAGUUCCUGCGUUCGUCUUUCUCCCCCUUUAUCAUGAUAUAGUCAAGCAAAAUGAAGAACGGAGGAGGUCUAUGAAGGAGAAAAACAAAGAAGCUCUUUUGGCCUCGCAAAAGCCGUUUAAGUUUAUUGCAAGGGAGGAACAGAAGCAAAUUCGGGAAAAGCAGCUGAAAGACUUUUUUAAGUCUAAAAAGAAAACAAACCAAUUUAAAGCCAGACCGAUACCUCGAUCUACUUAUGGUUCAACUAUCAAUGACAAGUUAACAGAAGAAGAGCUCUAUAGAAACAUUAGGACGCAGCAGAGAACCCAAGACUUUUUACAGAAUUCAUUCCCUCUGCCUUGUAGUCCAGCUCGCAGAAGUUAUGCUACAAGGAAGCCCAAGUGUCCUGAACAGGCUGAAAAGUCCAAGUGUAAACACAAGGUUAGGUGCCAGACUGCUGAUUCUGAAGACCUUCCUGAGAGAUAUCAGAAACAUCACUCAGAACAGAGGUGUCCAAAACCCCUGACAGUCUGUGAACCAUCUGACCUUCAUGCAGCCUCACGUGCAUCCACUAAAAGAGAGAAAAUCUUGGCAGAUAUUGAAGCAGAUGAAGAAAAUUUAAAAGAAACACGUUGGCCUUAUCUGUCUCCAAGGCGCAGGUCACCAGUAAGAAGUAUAAAUGCAAAACCUGUGCCUUGUAGCUGCAACCCUCCCAUGCCCACGGUGUCCUCCAGGGGAAGAGAACAAGCCACAAGGAGAUCACUUGAGGAAAAGAAAAUGUCGGAAGAAGAGAGAAAUCGGAUCCUAACUAAGCAGAAGCAAAGAAUGAAAGAAUUGCAGAAACUCUUGACAACCCGGGCUAAGGCUUAUGACUCACAUCAGAGUUUAGCUCAAAUGUCUAAAUCCAGAGUAAAAUCUCUCAGAAAGAGUGAAAAAGAAAGGAUGAGAGAAUACCGACGAGAACUAGAAGAAAGAGAAGAAAAAUUAAAAAACAGGCCGCUGCUAUUUGAAAGAGUUGCUCAGAAAAAUGCAAGAAUGGCAGCAGAAAAGCAUUAUACUAACACCUUAAAAGCACUAGGAAUAUCUGAUGAGUUUGUUUCAAAGAAGGGCCAAAGUGGAAAAAUACUUGAGUACUUCAGCAAUCAAGAGAUGAAAAGUUUCACUGAAGAUAAAGAAAGCUUUAAUGAAGAAGAAAAAAGAGAAGAAAGAGAGAAUGGGGAAGAAAAUUAUCUUACUGAUACCAACAGCCAAGAUUCUUGCAAGGAAACAGGUAAAGCUGAUGAAGAGAGUGGAGAAGAGAAUUGUGUUGAAGAAUAAGACUGAAUCAGUCGGCAGGGUCUCCUCUCUGUUCCCCUGCUGUUGUUGGCAGCAUUGGGUGUCAGAAGCCACGCUUGUGGUGUUAAGGACAUCCAUGGGAACCCGUCUGAUACGUGCAGGUCUCUUGAGCAAAGUCCUCAUGUAGCCUGAAAAGGCCGAAUCCAGCUGAUGGGUCAUUUGGUCAGUUAGAGUCAGGCUUUGCCUAUUCAGUUUUUAAAAUUACUACAUAUGGUCUGUUUGCAACUUUGAUCUUACUUCUAUUUUUAAAAAGUGUUUGAGAAUCACAGCUGUCACAAACUGAUUAGGUAUAAAAAUAUACAUAAUUUUAUCAUUUUGGGUGGAAAAAAUUGCUUAGCAUUGAGAGCAGAGGGGAGUAUUGGCCUUUGGUUUGAAAAAAAAGUUCUGGAAAGCAUGAAUCAAUAAAUAUUUUAAAAUUA